GGUGGCGCGAGGAGAUGCAAGAGUGCACCCGCAGUCGGCAUCAUGCGCCCCGCGCCCGCGCUGGCCCUGGCCGCUCUCUGCCUGCUGGCGCUGCCCGCCGCCGCCGCCGCCGCCACCUACUUCGGCCUGACAGGGCGUGAUGUCCUGACACCCUUCCCGGGCCUGGGCACAGCCGCAGCCCCGGCCCAGGCUGGUGCCCACCUGAAGCAGUGUGACCUGCUGAAGCUGUCCCGGAGGCAGAAGCAGCUCUGCAGGAGGGAGCCUGGCCUGGCUGAGACCCUGAGGGACGCGGCACACCUGGGGCUGCUGGAAUGCCAGUUCCAGUUCAGGCAGGAACGCUGGAAUUGCAGCCUGGAGGGGAGGACCGGCCUGCUCCAGAGAGGCUUCAAGGAGACAGCCUUCCUGUAUGCGGUGUCUGCCGCUGCCCUCACACAUGCGCUGGCCCGGGCCUGCAGUGCUGGGCGCAUGGAGCGCUGCACCUGCGAUGACUCGCCAGGCCUGGAGAGCCGGCAGGCCUGGCAGUGGGGUGUGUGUGGUGACAACCUGAAGUACAGCACCAAGUUCCUAAGCAACUUCCUGGGGCCCAAGAGAGGAAGCAAGGACCUGCGAGCCCGAGCCGACGCCCACAACACCCACGUGGGCAUCAAGGCUGUGAAGAGUGGUCUGAGAACAACCUGCAAGUGCCACGGCGUGUCAGGCUCCUGUGCCGUGCGUACCUGUUGGAAACAGCUGUCCCCGUUUCGUGAGACCGGCCAGGUGCUGAAGCUACGCUACGACACCGCCGUCAAGGUAUCCAGUGCCACCAAUGAGGCUUUGGGCCGUCUGGAGCUAUGGGCGCCUGCUAAGCCAGGUGGGCCCGCCAAGGGCCUGGCACCUCGCCCCGGUGACCUGGUCUACAUGGAAGACUCUCCCAGCUUCUGCCGGCCCAGCAAGUACUCCCCAGGCACGGCGGGCAGGGUGUGUUCUCGGGACGCCAGCUGCAGCAGCCUCUGCUGCGGGCGAGGCUACGACACCCAGAGCCGCAUGGUGGCUUUCUCCUGCCACUGCCAGGUGCAGUGGUGCUGCUAUGUGGAGUGCCAGCAGUGCGCGCAGCAGGAACUUGUGUACACCUGCAAGCGCUAGGCCUCCGCCAGCUGAGACGGUGGCACUGCCGGGGCUCCCACCGCCCACGACUCCGGCAAUCACUUCCCUGCCGAUCUACAGGCCACGCCACGCACGAGGGUGUGCCACUCAGUUCUCUUCCCCAGCGGAUCGUUGGCCCGCCUUCUGCCUUCCUCCCCAUCCAGCAGAGAGAAACAAAGCCCUGCCUCUGAGUCCCAGGAUCACCAAUCUGGUUGAGGACGUGGGGCAGCAAACAGACUGAGGAGAAGAGAGGGAAAUACAUGAGGAUCAGGGUAGGGCAGGAGCGAUACUGUGCCGGAAGAGAGAAAGAAACACCUUCCUGUCUCAAGGCCAACAAAAGCUGGGAGGAUAUGGAAGAGGAAGGCAGAACCAGCUAGAGUGCGUGCGUGCGUGCGUGCUUGUGUGUGUGUAGCAUCCAACUGAGCAUGGCCAAUUUGUGUGGCUCCACUCUGAUGGCAGAGAGCUCUGGGUACCACAUGCCUGUCCUGCUUUUGGUGGGGGGCACUUUGCACACUGUAGACUGUUCAGAAUGUUUAUUGGGAGCAAGGAGAACUUUUUAGGCGUGGGUGGAUCAGGUCACAGAGCCCAUGCCCUGAAGUCUUGUGUCCUGGCACUCAAGGCUGCCUCUUUGUCUCCUUGUCUUGAGAGCCCAGUCCCUCUCCCCGCCCCAAGCCACUCAGCUCUGCUCAGUGAGACCCCUAAUGCACAUAAGAAGGGUGCAGGAGCUGGUCUUCUCGGUGGGACUCCGAUAAUGCAAAUAGGGUUGAGUGGGGGAGACAGUGGCCCUUUCUCUUUUCCUUGGUGGCCAAAGAACCUUUAAUUACAGCCCAGAGGAGGAGAGGCAGUGUCCUGAUGCCUGGAAGAGAUAUGGUAUUGAAAUAUCACUCUGGAGUGUGUUCUGCCAAUUUUCUGUGACCAGGGUCUCCCUGGGCUGGGAGGCCCCCAUACAUGUUAGUAACACAGAACGGUUGACUCAUGAGCCACAUGUCUG